GGGCACUGAAGCGGUGACUGGCAUCGAGACUGACAGAUGCUUGAAUGGAAAAGCCUGUAAUUGGAUGAGGUGGGUGGAUCCACGGGGUAAAGCGGGAUUAUGUCUGAGCAUCAGAUAAUCAGAUUAUUCCCGAAACAGAGCUUGUUUUUUUAACUACCUCAACGUAAUCUGUCACACAAUGUCAUGCCUCGACUCCUGGACUACUGCACCUUCAACAGAUUUACUCUAUUCUGCUUUGUGAGAACCUAAACUUUUUUUAGGUCUCAGUAUUGACCUCUCAAGUAUCGGACCUCAUGGCUUUUCCGGCUUCUGACGGAUGUGUCCGAGGAAAAGGACUGAGAAGCUGAUCUUCUUGUGUUGUGUAAAGACAGUAUGGGGUUGGAUGUACGGCUUCAGUUCACCAUGUCUUUAAAAUGUGCACUCUUCACAACAUUCCUCUUUAUUCUGCCUGUCAUAUGCAUUAAAGACGUACUCAACCCGACAAACCUGCUGAGUCCACCGAAGCAGAAUUCUGGGAUGAGGACUUUAUUUGAAAUGGAACAACGUCGAAUCAAACGGUCAGAGUUCUUCCACUCUGAGGUGAAGGUUUGUCCUCAGGAAUCAGUGAGAGAUGUCAUAGCAAGUCACCAAGCGUACUACACACUGAGAGUUUGCCAGGAGGCCGUGUGGGAGGCUUUCCGGAUCUUUCUGGACAGAAUUCCCAGCAGUUCCGAGUAUCAGAAAUGGGUUCACACGUGCCAGCAUGAGUCCUUGUUUAUCUCUGAUCUGGCCAUAAACUUCAGCAGUUCUCAGGAACACAUCGACAUGGUUUACAGGAGGGUGAAUCUGAAUAAUGAACAAGUAAAAGAACAAACAGUAACCAAAAAAACAGUAACAGAUGAAGCACAAAGAACAGAAGGUCCAGAGAAAGACCAGACUGAACCAGAAGUAGAUGAAUCUGCACCCACAGCUGAUUCUACUGCUGAACCUAUUGAAUAUGUUACUGAACCAACUGAAUCCAUCACUGAACGUAUUGAAUCUAUCACUGAACCAACUGAAUCUAUCACUGAAUCUUCACAAACUUCUAUUGAAUCUAUGGAACCUACCGAAUCUACUGAUUCCACUACUGAAUCUACUACUGAAACUUCAGAAUCUACUACUGAACCUUUUGAACCUACCGAAACUUCUGAACCUACCGAAUCAACGGAAUCUACUGAAUCUACUUCUGUCGACACUCCUACAGACAGCUCUUCUGCAUCACAGGAGUCAGAGCUUCCAAAUAUAGUUCCCGAGCAGCCGGUUCAUCAGGUCAUAGAGUUCAGCAUCACACUGAUGGAUUCUGGGUACCAAGAGAUACUGACAGACACAGAUUCACCUCAGUUUCACGAUCUGUCACGACAUCUCCAGGAGCAGAUGCAACAUGCUUUUGAAGGCAUACCUGGAUUUAUUGAUGUACAGGUGUUAAAGAUUAGUGAGACUAAAGCUUCUGAGAGGGUUGGAAGAAUAUCAGUGGCCUAUACAGUGGUUUUUGAGGCCCUCACAGCAAACAUUGCUGAGGAAAGUUCAGACACAGUUGUUUCGUUUGCAGGACAUAGCGUGAAGGAUACGGUAGUUAAAGCUCUCAGGGAAAAGGCAUCUCUUCUCGAUCUGAACUCGUUGACAUUUGACACAGGCAGGAAACCUUCCACAACAUUGAUGUCCGUCACCAAGGUUUCUGAAGACAUCAUAACUGAGUCCUCCGAUCAAGAUUCAAGCAAAGACCUUAGUUCUCCAACACAAGGAACCAAAGUUUCUGUUUCAUUGGAUGGUUAUGAUAAUGCUUUGGAUUCAACAAUGGCUUCAACUUUCGCCCCAACCAUAACAAUGAAACCAACAAUGGAACCUGAGAAUAAAGCGGUCAUUAUACACACGCUUGAAACUGUUCAAGGUGAAACAAGCGAACUCAUAACCGAAUAUCUACCGGCCCCACCUGUAGAGGGAGCUCCUAGUGAGGGAGACAGCAAAACAAUUCUCACUACAGAUGAAGACAACAAUCUGACUCCAUCAGCUUCAGAUAAUCUCUCACUAGCUCCAAGUGAUGAACUGCUUGGGACAACACUGAACCCUUCACCAGACAGCGACUUUAAUAUAAAGACCAUACCAGAUGACAUUAUAUUUAACCUAGUAACCACCACCCACAUUUUGUUCACCACUGCAACGACGGUUACUCUAAAGACUGAGGAACCCAAGUUACCUUUCACCACUGACUCCAGCAUCACCCUGCAACCGUCAACUGAGCCAAAUGAUUUCUUACCCGAUGUGACAGAUUCUAAUGAAAUUCCGGAGGUGCCACAACCAGUGAAUCCUGUAAUGGCAGAGAACGAAGAGGACACUGAAGUGGUGUUGACUGAACCAGAAAAUGAGACUACGUCUGAAGUUGAUAUACUCACGGUUGAGCCUGUAGAGGUAACUGAACCAGAAGACAAUACUGUGAAUUCUGAUGAUCAGGUGUUAGGACCUGCAGAAGUGACUGUAGCAACAGAGUUUCUAGUUGAGUAUGACACAUUACAACCAGUUUUGGUGGAACCAGAGGAAGAUAAGACUGUAAAAUCAAGCAAGCAGGAUGUAGAGGAACAAAAGGAGGAGAUUGUUGUCAUAGAACCAGACAACGAGGAAAAUAAGGAACAUAAAACCAAUGAAGAGGUUGAAGAUGCUGUUGAGAUAACUGAUCCAAUGGGCACAACUGAAGUAUCGCAACUUGAAGUACCGCAACUUGAAGUACCUCAUUUAAUAGAACCUAAAGAAGUGGAUGGAGAUGUUGUGGAACUUCAAAGAGAGACUCAUGGAUCAGAACUGGAACAGAUCAACACUGAAGAACAUGAUUUGGGGAUGGCAAGUGAAGUACCCAAAUCUACUGAACCUCCUGUAUAGAUGAUCAAGAUUGAACCACCAAGGAUUUCUGUGACAGACACCUACCCCGUUGAGCACAUUGACUAUGAUCAGCCUGAAGAAACUCAAAAUCUGCCUGUUGGGCCAGCUGUCAUUGCUCAACCGGAGUUGGACAUCAGUAAGCCUGAACCUGAGUUUAUAGAGGAAGCUCCAGAGAUUCCAUUCAUUGUUCCAGAGGGCAAGACUGUAGAACCAGAGGAGACUGUGGCUGAUGUUCAAUCUACUAUAUCAACUGCAACAGACUCUUUACCUGAAAUGAUCACUGCACCAGAUUCAAAGGAAGAUAAAGACUUUCUAAGUGAGGAGCCAGAGAUCUCACAUACAGACACUAAAACAGACAAAGUCCCUGUAGAACAUACUGACGAGACUGUAUCACAACCUGCUGAGACACUUGCGGCCCUUCCAUCCUUGACAACUUUAACUGAAGACCAUUGACUUCUUGAAGCAGUUUUUACAGAUGAAUCCGUGCUCACUUCAACACCCGUCAAAGAGGAAUAUGAUUCUCCAACUGAAAAAACACAAUCACCUGUUGUCCAGGCCACUGUACCUGCAGAGCUGGACAAUGUGCACAAUGUGGAAACUGAGGAACCUAUUCAUUUGAAAGACUUGGAUGUAGUAAGUACAGAGACCAUUGACUGGUUGAGUUAUGACGUUACAUAUUCUUUUCCAGAUGAAGAACGUCCCUUGAUGACAACAAGGGCACCAUCACUCAAGUACAUGACAACUCCCUCAAUGACCACAGCUAGCAACAGCAAAGAGCUUGUUGUGUUUUUUAGCUUGCGUGUCACUAACAUUGUGUUCUCAGAAGAUCUUUUUAACAAGAACUCUUCGGAAUACAGAUCACUGGAAAACCGAUUUAUUGAACUGCUGCUCCCUUAUCUACAGUCUAACCUAACAGGCUUUAAGCAGUUUGAGAUCCUGAACUUCAGAAAUGGAAGCGUGGUGGUCAACAGCAAGGUGAAAUUCGGCAAAUCCGUGCCUUACAACGUCACUCAGGCUGUCCAGUGCGUCCUGGAGGAAUUCUGUGAUGCUGCAGCUCGACGCUUGGACAUAAAGAUCGACAGUCAUUCUUUAGAUAUAGAACCAGCGGAUGAAGCGGACCCCUGCAAGUUUCUCGCCUGUAACGAAUUUUCCAAAUGCACGGUGAACCUCUGGACAAAGGAAGCGCAAUGUUUGUGUGAUCCAGGCUACAUGACGCUGGACGGAUCGCCAUGCCAGAGCCUCUGUGUUGUCCAGACGGAUUUCUGUCUCAAUGGAGGAGAGUGUGAGAUUGUGCCAGGGCAUGGUGCCGCUUGCAGAGAGCGAGAGCAGACCACCAUACCAGGCCUGACCAGUUAAUUUCAGACGAUUUCUACAUUUAUCACUUUUAUCAGAGAUGGGACGUGUGCUUGUCCAGCCAUGAAAAGAGGUUUAGAUGUAUGUACAUCCCAUAAUCCUACAAACCAUGACGACUUCAGAACAAGAGGCCAAAUGUCUAGAACAGAUAAUGAAUUCUACAUGCAGUUUACUGAACGUUUUACGUGUCAUUCUCAUGGAAACAUUCAGAAACUCACUGAUAUUUCAGAUGGAAAUGUUUGAAGCUGCAGACAUGAGAUGAUUCUUCGGUCCUGUGAUAAAGAAUGCACUCAUAAUGCGUUUUACUUUUAUAAUCUGUUCUUUAGUCGGGGAAAUCAUUGUGAUGUGAUGUAGGAAUAGAAUUGAUCAAAUAUCUUGAAUGCAUAUUGAAGACAUUUUGUAUCUUUUUAGUGUGGUCGCAGUGAAAACAAACCUUUACAAACAGAUUCAUGUUAUGAGACGACGGAUCAUUAUGAAAAACGACUCAAUUUUGACAACUAAGUAUUGCGAUGGUUAAAUCAAGAUUGAGUUGGAAUAUUUAGAUUAAUGCUUAUAAAUGAGUCAUUUGUAAACUGAUAACACAAAUUAUAUUUUACAAUUAUUUUUGAAAAAUACAUUUUUAUAAAAUGUCAAUUUGCAGGCAGACUAAGAUGAUUCUUGUAAUAAUGUUCUUUUAUUAGUAUUAUUAAGUAUUAAUUAGUUAUUAGUAUUAUUAAGUAUUAAUUGGUUAUUAGUAUUAUUAAGUAUUAAUUGUUCUAGUAUUAGUAUUAUUAAGGAAGUGAAUCCCUGAUCAGUUUAGAUUGAUUUAGAAAAUGCUUUUGACUGGAAGCGAAACCGGAUAUAAAAUCUCUGGGUAUUUUUGUGUGUGUAUGUAUAUUCUUAUGGAAAAACUCAUGGCAUCACAUGACA